CCUCUUGGCGGCAUUAGACUAAACACGGCAGUCGUUUUCAAGAACGCAUCUCAUUUUGAUUUAUAUACGAGAGAUCCCAACUCGAGUACACUGCUCAAAACACCAAAGCGAGAUCAUGGCUAAGUUAAAGAUCAUUGUCUCUGCGACGAGCCCCUACUGCACAAGAAUCGAGUGGGCUCUAAAACUGAAGGGCCUCGAGUACGAGCUCACUGUUGAAGACUGGUUCAAGGCGAAGACCGAAUUGCUUUUGAAGUCGAACCCGGUGCACAAGAAGGUCCCCGUGCUGUUGGACGAUGGGGUCGUGAUUGCGGAGUCCAAAGUGAUUCUGGAGUACAUCGAUGAGAAGUGGAAGGGAGGUGAGUUUUAUCCGUUGUUGCCUCAAGACCCUUAUGAGAGAGCUCAAGCUCGUUUCUGGGCUCAGUUUGCUGAUGACAAGUGUAUCUUCGGUGCUUUUCAAGCUCGUCUGGCCGAAGAUGCGGAGGAAAAGGAGAAAGCAGUGGAGACUACAUUAGAGUCUUUCACUUAUCUUGAGAAGCAGAUUGAAGGCAAGAAGUUUUUUGCGGGAGACAAGAUGGGCUAUUUGGAUCUUGUGGCUGGUUGGAUCCCGCAUUGGCUCAGCGUCUUGGAAGAAACUGGGGGCAUGAAGAUAUUUGAUGCCGAGAGGUUCCCAUCCCUUCAUGAGUGGGCACAAAACUUCACCGAAAUUCCGCUGAUUAAGGAAUGUCUUCCACCUAGAGAUGUGGUGGUUGACCAUUAUAUUCGUUUGCCUGAGGUCCGUGCGCUCCUUAAACCGAACAAGCCAUAGAAUAAACCCCUCGUUUAGAUUGAGGAAUGCGUUGUUUGUGUUUUUCUCCCCUGGUUUCCUCUGUUAUAUUUGUAACCUUCUGAUAUGGUGCGAUAAUAUACUUACAAUCAUCUUUCUCUUGGGAGAUUGUAAGUAAAUUCAAUAUUAUUCCUAGGAUCACCGUUCCUUGUGUAAGCUUCCAGUGAUUGAAUGGGUUUGAAUUAAA